UCGCUUAAGUGUUUCACGGAUGAAAAAAGGCAAACAAAGAAGAGAACAUUCACGGAUGAAAAAAGGACAUCAUGGCGUCACUACAUUCAUCUCUCCCGGAUGGCUACGAACAGGGAUCAUAUCAAACGCCAGAGUUUACGGAGGAAACCUUGUUAAUGUACGAGCAUGGUGUAGCUUGUGUAUCCAAUGUCGAUGGACGGGGAAAUGUUUCUAUUUACGCCAUGAUCAAACGAGGGGAGAAGAAAAAUUCGAAACUGGUUUUCGAUUACGCCAACAUCUUGGGCUUCGUCGGCGGCGAGAUAAGAGAUGGAUUCUGCAAUACAAACCUCAAGGAAGGCGAAGCUCUUCGUUUUAUGCAAACCCAUAUAGAUCUGUCGAAAGGGAGGACCGUUAGAAUGGUUUUUGCUCCCGUCGAAGAGGUGUCGGCCAUGUUUGUACUUCCGCUUCGGGUGAAGUCCCUUCAGAAUGGAGUGGAUUUCCCUGAUCCUAGCACGGAAACGGCUUUUGAGUACUUCAAACAAGCAGCAAAAUUAUGUCCUUAUCAGAAGCUUGAAGAUUUCUUUGAUUUCAAGCUUGGUAAAGCUCCCCGAAAGGCAGAUCGUUCGAAGUUCAGCGGCCACAGAGCAGAGCUGGAGUCAUGGUGGCUGGAGAGGUCCGAGCUGUUAUACUACAACUGCCCACCUCCGCCCCAACCGCCUAUCCUGAAUCUGACCAAACUAAAUGAGAAGAAGAAAGAGGGAAAAUUUAUGUCAGGGUUCAUGGAACAGGCUAGCCAGUGGAGGAAAAAGCAAGAGAAUUCAGAAGCAUGGAAGAAAGUUGCAGUGCAGAGGUUGACUGAUUCUCAGAACUAUGAUCGAUUCUGUGGAAUGGCAAUUCUGCAAGCACUGUGGUACAUCUGGAUAGGUGACCCUGAACGUGCAAUAGUGAUGGUGGAAGCUUGGCAAGAUUUUGAAAGAGAUAGGGCAGCAGGGCGGUCUCUUGAUGCAAACAGCAUUGUCUUGGAAGAACUUUUAGAUUUAACUCUCGGUAAUCUAUCCAGUAGAGGGAUGUGCAUUGGUCAAACCAAAGUUGAUUCAAGAUUAACACUAAAGAAGAUGUGUGAAGUUUGCUUGAGUCCAGUGUUUCUGGGACCCAAUAGAAAUGGCUUUCAUGUCUUAACAUGUAUUGACAAAGAUUCCAAUGGUGAAUUUGGUUGCAAAAAUACUCGUGUGAAUAUAGCGAAAUUGCUAUUUGCCAUCAACAAAUAUGGAAUGAACAAGGAUUUUGAUACAGCUGCUAAUCACUCCUUUCAUGAAGCUCUCCACAUCUUUCUGGAGCAUUCAUUUUCUGUGUUGUAUUGGAGAAUCAAACCCACAAACCCCAUGACUGCAGACACUGAAAAUGAAGCAGUUCCAAAGUUCAUUGAAUUGCUGACAGUUGAUGAAAAACUAGAUGCAUCAAAAUGGGUUGAUUCUUCUACUGCUGUGUUAAGAGAAGCCCUGGUGAACCACUGCAGCAAGAAGCUUGGCAAAGAAGAUGUGGAUAAGUUGACAGAGCUAUUUCGCUCAAAACUAGAGAAAAUUUUGAUAGAGUAUAACAAGGAAGAGAGAGAUAGCGCAAAGCAAUCUAAAGAACCUAAUUUGAAAGAUGUGAGGAUUGAUCUCUUGCGAAAAACUGUUGCUCCUACAAUGUCUCAACAAUUUAAGCGUAAAUGGAGACUCAUGUCCAUUGCUAAAAGAAAAAGGAUUUUGUUAGUGGUAGACAGUCAGCGUGUUAGAGAAGCAUGCAAUGAAUCCUACAAACAAAUGGAGAAGAUUGAUGAAGAAGAAAGAAUAAAAAAGCUAAAUGAAACAACAACAGCAGACCAACAAAUAAAUGGGAGCCAUGGAGGUGAGCUUUGCACAACUCCUGGUGGUAACGAAGAAAGGUAUGAUGCUUUAGAGACAGCAGACUGUGAAGAAAACAACCCAGGUAUGCUAUUAGGUCAGAAAGGAUCAUCAGAGGAUUCAGACAGUGACGAUUUACUGGCAGGCACAGAUGUUACGUUUCCUGAAAAGUGCAGUGGUGAUUCCUGUCCUUGUACUGAUAGCUACAAGUUUUGGCAGCAUUUGGUUAGCAUUUUGGUCAGUGAUAAAAAUCCUGUUCCCUACUUUAAGUGCAUUGAUAAUGGUGACCUAAUCUUGCGAGGAAAACUCUGGGAAGAUCAGGAGGGUCAUUUCUUUGAUGACAUAAUCACUCUCAAUGAAGAAUUUAUUGGUGGUGCUGUCCUACCAAUGGAAGAUGAGGUGUUUUCGCAGUGCAAAAGACUUGCCUUGAUUUGCAAAAUGGCAUGCCAUCGGCUAAUUCCAAUGCUUUUGAUGGGCGUCAUUCAUCAGUUUGGAGAGUUAGAAAAGAGAGAAAAUGUCAAGUACGAAUGCCAGGCAUGUCAAUGCUGUGGCCAAGUUGAGGAGGAACCAGGUGAUUUCAAGAGAUGUGGUGAAUGUAAGAGUGUUUUCUACUGUGGCAGGAAAUGUCAAGCUCAAGAUUGGAAAGCUGGCCACAAGCAGAUAUGUCAAGAUCUUGUGAAGGACCAAGAGUGAAAAAGUUGUCUUGCUCAUUUCCUCCUCACAAGAGUUUCUCAUACCAAAACACAUUGGUUACUUAUAUUUAUUAACUGUGUCUGCUGUGGCAAUUAGUAAUGUUAGCAGGAAAAAGUGGAAUACGAUUCAGGUAAAAAUAUGAUGAGUAACUUUAAGUUCACUUCAAAACCUACAAGCACACAUAUCCUAGGAUUGUGUCCACAUGAAGUCCUGAAACCAAUUAUUUUUAUCAAUAAUGGAGUGCUAGAAAUGCACAUAUUUAUCAUAUGAUGAUUCAGAAAUUUUGUAUGUGUUUAGAGAGCUAGGUUUGUUGUAUUGUUAGCAUUUUCAUAAGGAUAUGUUGUAGCUGGAGAAUAAACUCCUCUUUUGAAUUGAGAUGAAGAUUGAGUAAAGUAGAAACAGAGAAUUCUUUAUCUUAAAAAUUCUGAGAUCUCCAGUGCCCAAUCAACAUUACAUGUUGUAAUUGCCUUGUUCUCAAAGUUUCUGGAUUGAUAAAAUUACUGUAGAUUGGUUGGUAAAUUAUACUUAAAAAACUGUUUAGUCUUCUUACAUAUCUUUGCACACUUUUCGUCUUACUUCAUUGGUGCAGUAGUAAUGCAAAGAUCACUGUGGCUACAAAAUUUAAGAUUAUUUUUUACUAAGUAGAGGCUAAAGAAGGCCUUAUGUGUCACAAAGUGUGAAGAAAAUAGAGGUUUAAAAUCUAACAUAGAGUUACAGGCAUGCUUGUUCUUUUUAGAAAAGAUUAAGCUUUUCUUUAUAUAUGUUACUUAGUAUUGUGAACUCUGUUCAUCUUUAAUUGGUAUAAUGUUUAUUUUAAUAAUUAUUUUCCCCUUUAUGAAUUUUUUGUUUUAAGUUUGGAGUUGUAUAUCAGUUGUGAUUCCUGGUAGUGUAUACAACUCAACAACAGUAACAUGAAACUUUGGUGCAUAAUACUCAAAACAUCAAUUUUUUGUCUAAUGGGUUUUUUUGCCUUGAUUUUGCUUGUUAAGAUUCUAGAGAAAUAUGAUUUCAUAAAAUAGUAAUAGUAGAAUUAGGGAAAAACUAGGAAUAAUAGAAUAAUGCCAUUAUGGAAGAGGUUUAUAUCUGAUAGAUCUCAUUUAGAGACUGUGUUAUCUGAAUUGUGUAGUAAUAACCUUAAUUGUGCUUAAUAUUUUGAUGAAAGUAUGUUAUGGAAUUGGUGUCUAGAGAUUUAAUUGUUAGAAGUUUCCUUUUUUAAACUUGGUAAUGUAGUUUAUUAUUUUUCAAUACGUAUACUCCUCUAGUAGGUUAGUCCUAAGCUACUUGAAUAUGUCUUUUGUAAAGUAAAAAGACUACUAUGGUUGAAUAAAUAUUUCUGGCCCAAUUUA